AUGAAGCCUGCCGGUAUGACCAGCGACGCCAAGGUAUCGCAGAAGGUGCCGCCGCCGGCGUCCAGCUACAUGAACAACGAUCAAUUCGCGAGCUAUCUAUCCGAACUUCGCAACAACCGCCUGCAACGUCCUGGCGGCGCGCGCGCCCAGCCUUCCGGUGCCCGUCCAGCACCAAGCCGAGCCAGCACAAGCCGAGCCAGCAUUGGACGCCCCAGCCUAGACAACAUUUCGCAAGCCGACAGCCAGACCAGCCUUCCUCCCCAGCCUCGACGCGUUCCAUCUCAGGCCCCGAGCGUGGGUGCUGCCAGCGUCUCGUCGCGCCUCUCGACAUCUUCGCGUGGUCGCGACUACUAUCCCCAGGAGCGCUCAGCAGCAGCACCUUUGGCGGCGUCUGAGGUCGUCCCGACAUCGUCGUACAUGGAGCGGGGUCAGCGGUGGAUGGAGAAGGAGGAGGCGUUUUCACUGCGUGGCGCCAUGGAUGAUAUGCGGUUGCGAGAGACACCCGAGCAAUCUACCUCACCCGAGCCUAAUGACGAUGCUCGUCUGUAUGACACUGCUCUCAACGAGGCAGCUGAGCUCGUCUGGCAGCACCAGAACCCCGACAAGACCCCGCAGCCAGAUGGCCCCUACCGUUACCGACCACAUCUUAGAAAGAACAGCUACGCGCACGCCCGCGCGGCGAGCGCAGGUCGGUACGGAGAGGACAUUGCGGCAAGUGGUCUGGCUCGAGACAGUGGCGCUCGCUCCAUCUCUGCCAGCUCCUCCGACAGCGACGGGGCCUCUCGCAUGAGUCGACCCUCUGUGGACUCUGUGCGCACGCAGACCAAAUCCUAUGGAAGCGUGGGCGCGCGGACGGUCACCUUUCACAGGCGGCGCAGCAGCAUGAAGCGCAAUGUGAGCGGUGAAGUGGAGAGACCCUUCUCUGGAGAUCAGAUCUGGGAGGAACCCGAGUCGGCGUCCUCUCGCGGGUCAGUCAGAACGGGUCGUGCGUCGCCGGACAAGCUUGUCAGCAAGCCUACCAACCCCUUGAACCGAGUGCGGUUCGACUCCCUGCGCGAAGAAGCGGCACCAGCGGGGAAGCCCUUGGAUCGCGUCGAAAUCUAUCGCAAUCCACCCACAAAAUCCCGGGAUGCCCUGUACACCAGCAACGCUGGACUGCCAGAGCCCACCGUGGACGAGACAGUGGAGCGAAAGGAUGGUAUCGAGAUCCGCAGCCAGGACAUUCGAAACGCCACCAGUAUGAAGCUCAGGGAUCGCAGUGCCAAGCUGCCGGAGCCCACUGCCGUCAGCGACAGCCCUGGCCGGCCAAUUAAUGCCAGCAACGACAGCGACAGCCCCAGGCACAAUCUGAGGCAGCCGGACCGCAAGCCAGAGGCCGCUUCCAGACAUCGCAAGCCCGGCCUUGUGCCGUCCAUCAGCCUAGAAGGCCCUGAAGACGCAGCUGCGCGUCCUCUACCAGAGAUCAACGUGCCGACCAUCGCUGUUGAUGGGCCUGCUGGCAAUGCGGACGUGCCCAUCCCUGUCAUUGUUACUCCGGAUGACGGUGGCACGGCGUCUCCUCGACCAUUGCCCGAAAUCCACGUCCCAGGCAUCUCCGUCGACUCGCCCAAGGGCGGCGAUAGCAACGUGCCUGCUGCGGUCGCCCCAGGUGGUAGCAACAGAGCGCCCCGAGCACAGAGACCUCGCAGUCACUGGUCUCGCGCGCCGGGGGCUCCCAGAGACAAGACACUUUGUCACGAGUGUGGGUAUUCCAUCGAAGGCCGCUUUGUAGCCUUGGCUGGUACGUCUGAACGUUUCCACCCAAAGUGCCUGAGUUGCUACAUCUGCGGCACCAGCCUUGAGGCAAUGGAGAUCAGUCCUGAGCCUGAUCGACAGCGGGCCGAGCGCCUUGAGCGCAUCCAGCGUCGGGCUGCCGGCGAGACUCUCGAGGAGACGCCCGGUCAAACAAUGGCUGAGGAUGGAGACGACCGGCUUCGCUUCUACUGCCACCUGGACUGGCACGAGCACUUUGCCCCCAAGUGCAAGCACUGCAAGACGUCCAUCCUUGGCGAGCACAUUGUGGCCCUGGGCGAGCACUGGCACUACGGCCACUUUUUCUGCGCCGAGUGUGGCGACCCCUUUGAGCAGGGAAUGACGCACAUUGAAAAGGAUGGCUACGCCUGGUGCAUCAAGUGCCAGACCAAGCGAACCGAGAGACGCGCGCCCAAGUGUAGGAAGUGCCGGACGGCCGUCAUCGGGGAGUACAUCCAGGCGCUGGGUUACGAGUGGCACGAGCAUUGCUUCCGCUGUGCCGAGUGCGAGGGGAGUUUUGAAGACGGGCAGAUCUUCCCCAAGGAGGUUCCUGGCGGGACGGUUGUGCUCUGCACGUCGUGCCGUACCCGGGAGUUGAAACGAUGA